AUGGAGAGCCUCCAGCUGGCGCAAAUGCUUGCUGACCUGAGCAGCCUCAAUGCGACGGGGGCUAUGGGAGUCGGCCAGGAGAGAUCCGCAAUGAAGUUUAUAAAAAAAAACUCGAUAUGCCCUACCUACAGGAAGCUGACGAUCUCAUUUCUCCAAUCUCAGGAACCAAACGCUGCUGCAGCCCUCGUCACGGCAAACAAGGCCAUCGAGACAGUCGAAAAGACCGCCACCAAUCCUGCUGCCGCCGGACUGCCGAAGCGUCCCACCGAUGAACUCCGCCGCGCUCACAGCUCGCAGACCUCGCGGCCCGGCACAGGCACAGCCUCCCCCGUUCGCAUCGACAAGUUCGGCCGUCGCAUGAUGAUUAGCCCGCCCGUCUUGUCGCGUUCCAAUUCAGCCCAAGGAUCCAUCCCGGGCACCCCGAAGCGAGAUUCAGAAGGCGAAGACGAUCUGGACCGAGCCUCGACGCUGAUGGCGUUGUAUGAAAUUCGAGCGAAGCUGAAGCAGCAAGAUAACAGCAGCCUCAUGAAGGCGCGCGAGAAGAUUGCCGACCUCGCAGCGCGACAACAGCAGCAGCAGCAGCAGCAGACGGCUCCGGGCAAGAAGGAGCCGGAGAAGAUUACCUCUCGGUUUACAUUUCCCAGGUAA